AUGGCGACCCACAAGCUGAGCUUCUUUGAGAAGAUCGCCAACACGAUCGGAACUCUCUACCGCCACCAGGCCCAGCAGUUCCCCCGCCGUCUCGCCAUUCUGAAGGCCGUCGGAAAGCACGAGCUGGCGCCGCCAAGAACCGCCGAUCUUCCGGCUAUCAAGGCCGACUGGGCCAAGGUGCAAAAGUUCAUCCAGACGAAGCAAUACGUCAAUCUGACUGUCAAGGUGAGAAAAACGUUUGUUUUUCACUCGAAAUAAUUCAAUUCAAUUUUUGUGCAGGAAGGACUCGUCUACACCGCCGUCGCUCUCGAGGUUGUCUUCUGGUUCUUCGUCGGCGAGAUGAUCGGACGUCGCUACGUCUUCGGAUACCUCGUCCCGUCGGAGUUCGUCUCCAAGGAUACCAAGGCUAAAGCCGCCGAACUGAAGAGAAUCGCUGCCCUCGAGGCCUAA